AAAAGACCACAGCAAAAAAGGAAAGAGAGAGAGAGAGGGAGGGACAGGGAGAGAGGGAGAGAGACCUACUUUUAAAAAGUCGAGGAACAAGAGCAACGACGCAAACAGUGGAGCGGAGUGAAAGGGGCCUCCGCCAUGUCAUCCAUCCUGAAAGAGACGGCCCUCCUGGAGGACACCAACAACGAGAGCUUCUGGAUGCCGGGUAACUACCAGCGCACGGUGAAGCGGACCCAGGGCUCCUUCCAGGUGUGCAACGAGCUGGUGGCCUGCUUCCAGGAGCGGGCGCGGGUGGAGCGGCAGUACGCGCAGCACCUGAGCGACUGGAGCAGCAAGUGGAAGCCCCUGGUGGAGAACAGCCCGCUGUACGGGUCCCUGCUCCAGGCCUGGCAGUGUUUCCUCACCUCGGCCGACCGCCUCUCCGAGCUGCACUCCUCCAUCUGCAAGUCCCUGGUGUCGGAGGACGGCGAUCGGGUGAAGACCUGGCAGAAGGAGACCUUCCACAAGAAGAUGUUCUGCGGCUUCCGCGAGUCGCAGGACCUGGAGUCGGGCUUCUCGAGAGCUCAGAAGCCCUGGGCCAAGAGGCUGAAAAAGCUGGAGAAGGCCCGGGGGAACUUCCACAAGGCGGCCCGCAAGGAGCAGGCGGCUCGGGACCGGGAGGCGCACGCCCAGGGGAACCCCGAUAUCGCCAUCGAGAAGCAGAGGAAGAUACAAGAGCAGAGGGAAGAGACUGAGGAGGAGACAAAGAAGAUGCGCCUGCGCUACGAGAAGGUGCUGGAGGAAGUGUCGCGGUACGCCCCCCGCUACAUGGAGGAAAUGGAGUGCAUCUUCGACCAAUCGCAAGAGGAGGAGAGGAAGAGGAUCAGCUUCCUGAAGCAAGCCUUCCUGUCCAUACACAGACACCUGGACAUCACUAACAAUGACAGUGUGAAGGCCGUGUACAGCGAGCUCCACCACGUCAUCAUGUCCAUAAACGAGCAGGAGGACCUGCGCUGGUGGAGGAACCACCGCGGACCGGGCAUGCCCACCGACUGGCCCCAGUUCCAGGACUACGCUCCCGUAGAGAAGCCGAAGAAGGAGAAGAGGCCGAUGGAGGUGAAAGAGCCACUUGAGAGAAACGUGAUGAUUGGAGGAGUGAAAGUUAGAGCUCUGUAUGACUACGUGGGACAGGAACCGGACGAGCUCUCCUUUAAAGCAGGCGAGAUGUUCCUGAAGAUUGAAGAUGAGGACGACCAGGGCUGGUGUCGGGGGAUCAAGGAUGAUGGGAAGGAAGGCUUGUACCCGGCUAAUUACAUAGAAGUUGUGCUGUAACUCAAACUCGCCACUGGGGGGGGGGGGGGAUACUAAGCGAUUAAACCCUUGGGGCCUGGAGUCUCAGAAGUGGUUUUUUUUUUUUCCCCCGAGCUUCGCUCUGUUUACCUGAACACACUGCAGUGCCUUUAUUUCUUCAGUUGGAUUUUUGCGGGUCGGUUUGGAAGAUUUUGCAUGUCUGCCCUUGCGUUGGUCUGCGUGUGUCUCCAUUGGAGGUUUCGUUUAAAUGAGAUUUACCCACAUGCAAAAACAGUCAGUUAAUGUCACUUUUAAAAAAGAGGAAAUUUUUGUAUUAAUUGAGAAAAAAACACAGAACUGUCUCCCCUGCUCAUACAAUGAGGAGUGUGCUUGCGUACUGAUUUGAUAGGAGAUUGCUGAGGCUUGCCAGACUCAACAAGACCAAACUUGAGUUGCUCACUACUGUAGCAUUGGCUAACACAACAGACCAAUGAAGACACCAGCUGCAGUGAGGUAUUUUCCCCACAACAAUCAACACCAGAUCUGCCCUUCGAAAAAGAGUGAGGAGGAGUGUGAACAGAGAGGUCAAGGGUUCCCCAAAGGGGUAUAAUCUAACACUUAACGUGGCUGGCUCUCCAAAUGUUAGAGUUUAACGAGUAACUAAGGGCAUUUUGAUUUGCUUUUGGCUUCCAUGUAAGCUAGGUAACUAGCCUAUUUAUUUAACAUGGUCUUAAUGUGCCUUGACGUUUUUUAAUGAGUUAAUCGGCUAUGGCUAUAUCACAGUCAUUUGACCACCUACAACCAUGCUGUUACUGUUGCUAAAUUUUUCUCCCGAACCAGAACUCCGGACAGCUAAUUAGCAACUGGUAAACCUGCCAUCCAGUUUGUCAAUGACUAAGUUUCCAGAUUGUUCUAAUGCUCAUCUUUGCUCUCAAGCAAUGUCAACAACACAGGCUGUUAUUGAAAAUAUUCUUGGAAGCACAACUUUACUGGUGCACGCAAUGUUCUGCACAGAUUUACACAAGUAACUUGUAACAUCUUAAGAUGUACAGUUAUGCUAAUUACACAUUUUUAUUACCAGUGUUUUUUUUUUCCCCCAUUGAGGAAUGGCUUUCAAACGGGUCCAGCAAGGGAUCGAGAGCCAGGGAACCAAUCACAGUUUUUCACUAUGUUUGAACGCCACAGUUAUGACUUUUAUCGUUAAAGUAGGUGCUAUAUUGAUUAUGAGCUUUCGUGAAAACCUGCACUGCAUAGCUUUGAAGACAGUGUUUUUAUGCUUGCGUUUCAGUAUGUGUGUCAAUUUGUCCAUGACAUAAGCUCUUGUUCUUUUUUUCUGGGCUCGCAAAAUGACUUCAACAUAGUUUAAUGCAGUAUUUCACAACCCAGGUCCUGGGGAUCCACUGCCCUGCAUGUAUUAGAUGUCUCCCUGCUCCAAAACACCUGAUUCAGAUGAACGGGUCGUUAUCAGGCUUCUGCAGAGCUUGAUGAUGACCCGUUCAUCUGAAUCAGGUGUGCUGGAGCAGGGAGACAUCUAAUACCUGCAGGGCAGUGGGUCCCCAGGACCUGGGUUGAGAAACACUGGUUUAAUGCAUUCGCACAAGGGAGGUUUUAAAGGCUAGAUGUUGUUGCACAAUGGUUUGGCGGAGUAUUAAACUGCAGUCCGUGGAUUAAAUUGUUGUGAGCAAAGCUUUGUAAGUUUUGGGCCAUUGGAACUGAGUACCUGAUUUUCGAGUCAUAAAACGGGAGUGUACUGUAUGGGAUUAUUUCAAUUUUGUAGUUAGCAUUAUAAUUAGCAUUAUGCGUUCAUCGUCAUGACUACGGACAGCUAAUUCGCAGCUGCGGUUCUCUGCUAUGGAUUUAUUUUUUUUAAAAAUUUUUGAGGAAGGGAGUCUUCCACAGUGUUCUUCAUUCACCUUGGCACGUUCACCUUGGCACAACCAACAUUAGCAAGACACGAUUUAAAAGUACUAUGUUGUAAGAAGAUUAUUAAAUCGAAUGGACGAGAUAA